AUGAACCCCCCGGUCAGGAAAGGCGGAGGCGCACAGGACAGUGCUCGGCCCCGCGCGCCGCCGCUCCUCCAGUCCCGGAAGCCCGCGUCGCCCCUGCGGCGCAAUGCGGACACCCGGGGACAGAGAGCUGGUCCGGGGGUGGUCAUCCCGGCUGAGGGGCGGCUGGUGCUUAUCACCGACCAGGCGCUGCUCGUCUGCAAGUACGACUUCAUCAGCCUGCAGUGCCAGCAGGUGGUCAGGGUGGCCUUGAGCGCGGUGGACACCAUCUCCUACGGGGAAUUCCAGUUCCCCCCGAAAUCGCUCAACAAGCGAGAAGGUUUUGGGAUCCGCAUUCAGUGGGACAAGCAGAGCCGCCCGUCCUUCAUAAACAGGUGGAACCCCUGGUCCACCAACGUGCCCUACACCACAUUCACAGAGCACCCGAUGGCCGGCGUGGAUGAGAAGACAGCCUCUCUGUGCCAAUUGGAGAGCUUUAAAGCGCUGUUAAUCCAAGCUGUCAAAAAGGCCCAGAAGGAGAGUCCUCUGCCAGGACAGGCGGGCGGCGUGCUGGUCCUGGAACGCCCCCUGCUCAUCGAGACCUACGUGGGGCUGAUGUCCUUUGUCAACAACGAGGCCAAGCUGGGCUACUCCAUGGCCCGCGGCAAGGUCGGCUUCUAGGUGCCCUGCUCGGGCCGUCCUGGGGAGCCGGGCAGGCAGGACCCGGGGCCUCGGGGCAGCUCCCCUGCUGCUGGCAGGCUCGGGGCCCUGACCUAGGGGUCUGGGUGUGAUUGGCGGAGUCAAAUGAACUGUAUACUUCAGCCGGAUAUUGGAUGUCUGCGAACGGGAGCUACAGGCAAAACAAGGUGAAUCGGGCUGUCCCCGUCCUGGCCAGCGUCAAUUUCCUAGAACCUCACUUUUCCUGUUUCUCCUGGUGUCUCCAUCCAGCUUCCUGCCGUCCUCCCACCCCAGCCCCUGAGCAUGUUAGUGAUAAACAUUGGUGAUCCCACUAGGACCCCCCCGUCGGCACCUCAGCUGCGUAGACGACCACACCCAGGGAGGUACCGAGUACCCCAGUGCCUGUAGUUGCAAAUGUUUACAGUUGGUGUCAAAUUUUGUAUCUUGAGAUUUAAUCCAUCUUCUUCAAGCGAAUACGAAAGAAGCCAGCAGACGUGAGCUCAGCAAGAGAGUCUGCCUGUCAGCUCCUGAACAGGCAGUUGCUUUUGUGUAAACAAGUGUUUGACCUAAAGUCACACUUUUUCUAAAGUUAAUCUACAUUGUGUUAAUAAUACCCACGGUAUCUUCCCCAGGCCCAAAAAGGUUUGCAGAAAAUCAUUUUAAAACCAGUCAUUAGUUUGAAAGUCAGAUGGAUAAGUUCUUUUGCACUCAAUUUUGACAACUUUUAAGUUUGUAUCGUCAUAUUCGUAUUUAAAAAGGGAAUUGCUUAGUUUGCUUUUAAAGGAUGCACUUUUAAAAAGGAACCGUAUUAGGGCCUCAUGCAGCAGCUGACCCGUCCUGGUUCCCGCCACUCCCCGCAGACCCGAGCUUGUGGGCAGUCGCAGCUCGCCGCCCCCACCCCGUCCGCGGCCCAGCCCUGUGCCUGGGAGCUUUUGCUGAUUUUAGUGCUGGCUCACGGGUCCCUGCUCCUGAUUUAUGACCCUGGCGUAGCUGUAGUCAGCACGACGUGACCUGGACGCAGGGGCCUGUCAAAAAGCAGCCUCCACACCCAGCCUGGGUCCUGAGCCUUGCUUUUGGUCUUGUGGUAAAGAUACUUAGAAUUGA